CCUUUGUAUUGAUGCCAUAUCACGGCGCUACAAUGAAAGUGACCUACAAAAUGACAAAGCUGAAGUAUCAUUACUUUUUAUGAGCUCUAGUUUUGGGAUAUGAAAGUAUUUUGGAUGGCAACGCCUCUUGGCAGUCAUCCACUUCACCAUAUAUGGACAGAAGGAUUGUUAUAAACUCGUUGUUUCAUUUGCUUGUAUUGAUUUGAUUGAGUCUGUAUUUUUUUAAAGAGGAUCACAGUGACACAAUGAAAUGCAUCGAGGUACGUUGAAACGCUAACAGCAGUAUUCAUCUGGAAUUAAAAAUUAACUGUGCACUCAUAAACAAACAUGUUGGCGAAUCAACACACGACAAAUGAAGUGUACUACAAGAUUUUACAUAAAAUCUAUCAUAAAAUAAAAUAAUACUUCUACUAAGUGGCUGUCAUACAGUUUCUUCGUUCAUCACAUUUGGUUGUGCAUUCAGUUCCCUCCAUUACGAUCACAUGGAUCUGUUUGACGAGUACACAACAUCCAGGUUUGUUAAAGAUAAAAAUUAUAACAUUGUUUUUUUUAUUUACAAAAAUGUGUAAUAUUAUACCAACAAAUUAUAAUAAUGCUAGAGAUAGACAAUCAUUAACACCACAUUCACCUCUAUGGCAAGUUCAGAGUAACCAAUUAAUUUAUCUAGUGCUCCACACUGGCCUUUGUGGACAAAACUAUUUAAAAAUGAUGUAUAAGCCAUUAUUUAGGGACUUUUUCUUCAAGGAGGAGACGCAUCACAUCAUUGAUGCUGUAUGAGAUGAGAUUCAUGAGUGAUGAGAGUAAAACACUCAUAAUCCAUUCAAGAGUUUCUCUGUGCCUCCUUUCCAGUCAACAUGUUUUCGCAGAGUAAUUAAUGAUCUUUUAACUGAUUUUACCUGCUGUUGUUUUGUUUUUUUGUCAGUAAUUAAAAACAAAAGCGACUAACUGUCAUCCUCAUUUAAAACCAUUCCGGGUGAGCGCUGUUUGUAACCUUCGACAACUCGGGGUGUAACACAAUACAGGCUAAAGGGCAAGACAGAAUGUGAGAACGCUGCCAGCCGUGCGCUGUGACGGGGAAAAAAGGCACUGGAAUUACCUCAGUGGCUGUGAGAGCACGGCUAUCAGUAACGCUGAGGGCGACAGGGAAGGGCAAGCAGCCAGCUAAGGGUGGGAACUCCGCAGAGGUCACGAGACCGAGCAUAAGCUGUGCUCCAUUUUUAAUGAGACCCAAACCCUUGCUGAUCCUUCUUGAGGAAAGCAGUGAGAGGAAAUAUUACAGCGAUAAAGAUGCAGAGGCUCUCACUGUAUUUCCUUUCCUUUAGCGGGUCAUUUCAUGCUGAGCUUCAAUCUGCAGCUGCAAAGUGUCAAACGAUGCACAGCCGACAGCGCUGCAUCACUACAGUGGUUGUACUGGAGGAAUAAACUGGCAACACAAAAAACCCAGUACAUGCUUUACCUUUUGUGUGUCCUUCACUUGACCGGGCGAUUAAAUAAACAAUGAUGACGAAGUCUAGGGCAGCUUGAGUAAGUCAUUUAAGAUUUGAGAUGUGUAGCCAUGCUGUGUUUUUCAGUUGUACAUUUGUCCAGGAUAAAGGGAUGUGACCAUGGAAACGGAAAUAGGAACUAAGGAACUAGAAGAAACCCGAGAGUGCAGGUGUGUGGCUCUGGUUCAGAUUAGAUAAUCAGUACGCGGGUGAUUCCUGGCUGUGACGGUUGACUGCUCUCCCCAUUGUCUCACCAUGGGCCGGCCUUCUUUAGUCCUCUGUAUACUGUUUGAAGUCCUGGCCAUAAACUCAGGUCAAGAGUUGCCAGGGCAACGCAUAGUGGGAGGAUACGCACCAGUUCCACAUUCAAUCAAGUACAUCGUGUCGAUACAGACAACGCAGCGUCGGCACUUAUGUGGGGGCUCCUUGAUAAAUAAGUACUGGGUAAUCACAGCAGCGCACUGUAACAUAGGAGUAAACAAAAUGAUGAUAGUGGCCGGAGACUACUCCCUGACCAUCUACGAGGGCACGGAGCAAGAAGUGCUUCCCCAACUUUUGUUUCCCCACCCCGAGUACAACAGCACCACCACGAACAAUGACAUCAUGCUCAUAAAGCUGAGGGCCCCGGUCGAUCUGAACGCCUACGUGUCCGUCGCCCUGCUGCCCCGGCAGGGCGCCUCCUUGGCAGCGGGACGGGUGUGCCGGGUGUCGGGAUGGGGAUACACCAGCGCCGGCGGAGGGCAGAUCCCCGACACGCUGCGCACUGUCCUGCUGCCCAUCGUCUCCACGGAACAGUGCAACCGCAGUGAGUCCUUCGACGGGCAGAUCACAGAGAGCAUGCUGUGUGCCGGUUUCACGGUGGGUGGGAAGGACGCCUGCCAGGGGGACUCUGGGGGUCCGCUCGUGUGCGAGGGCCGGGUCUACGGCCUGGUGUCCUGGGGGAGAGGAUGUGCUGACGCCCAGUUUCCCGGAGUCUACACUGCUGUGUCCAAGUUCCGCAGGUGGAUAGACAACACGAUAUUUAGCCACUACAGCGGGUGUAACACGAAUUAAAACCCAAUGUCACUGAGAUAAAAGUGGAGACUAAAACGCAGUCAGUUAUUUCCACAUUAUGGAAAUUACGCUUUUUAGAUCUUCUUUUUGCUUUGUGCACCUCUUUGUUCAAUCUGGAGUAAGAAUAGUAAAAAAGGAGUUAAAUGUUGUGGUUUUGUGGGGUUUAGUUAUGUGUUGGUUAUUUGUUGUUGCUAAAUAAAGCUACUCACACUCCAGCUUUAUAUUAAUCACAGGAUAUGAGCAGUAUUCUAAAUGGCAUUUUGUAAGAUAUCUAACAAUUCCGUUCUCUUGAUUUUAUAUAAUAGUUGCUGUUAAUCAGUGAAAGUGAUAAAGUUCAAUGACCCCUCUAAUAAAAACCAGAAAAAGGUGCCAAUCAUUCUGCUUAGAUUGCUCAUAAUCAGAGCUCAUGGAGAACUAGGCUCGACUAAGUUGUCGAAGCAAUUGCACAAACAUUUCAACACUUCAACUGCAACAUAAAAUAUCAUAAGAGCAUUUAAUGCUCGUUCACAGGUGAUUCACACAAUCCCAUCUGUAAAACAUAAGGUUUUCCAAUACAGAAGCCCUGAAAACAACACAUUUAGAAAACAAAUGCAUUUGAUUUUUGACACUGCAACUCAAUUGACUGGAAAGGUAUAUUUUCAAGAGAAUAUGCUCAAAUAUGGGGAUCGAGGGAUUUCAAGUCCCUUCAAAGCCAUUUGGGGGAUCUAGAAAGUUGUGGUGCUCAUGUUUCUCUGUUUCUCUGAUUAAUUCAUAAUUAUAAGAAUUGAUGAAGAAAAUACUUGUUAGUUUUAGGAAUCAGUUUCAUUUAAUAUGCUAAAUGUUGUGUGUUUUUUUGUGUUCUGAUUGACCAAAAACAUCAAUUGAAAAAUAUAUACAUGCAGAAUAUCUGUCACUCUGAAUGUGGACUAACUCUGUUACAAUGGUUGAGAAUCUAAACUGUAUGUCUGUAUUGUGUGUGUGUGUGUGUGUGUUGUGAAAGUUGAGUAAAUGCAUGGAAGAGCAAUGAUUGUGUUACGAAACAAUGGCAUGAAUUGUUGCUUUUUCUUGUUUUGUACCCUAAUAAUAAAUGACUGAUUAUUCCA